GGUUGUGAGGGUUCAAUGAGUUGGUAUAUGGAAGGUGCUUAGGUCAGUGCUUGGCAGGGAGGGACCUCUCAGUGGAUGAUAGUUCUUGUUCACAGGACGUGGGUGGCUCCUGCUUCUAGGGAGCUUUGGGGUCCUGAUUUGUAGGACCAUGUCCCUCACCAUCCAUAUGUAACCUGCAGUAUCGCCUUUCCUAGUAGGGCUCCUGAAACGUUUAUUAAAAUGCAGACAGUUACUUGGCAAGGCCAAAGGUAAAGUCACUUUCUAUUUGAGGGCACCCCCAAGAUGGAAGACACUGGAAGGGCCCUUCCCUUUAACUUCUUCAGUGGCUCGUUUUGAAGUCCCUGUCUCUUGCCUUCUUUGGAAGGAGGCCUCCCGGAGGGUGGCCCAACUCUCUUGCCUGGGUCGUUCUGGGAGUGGACCUUUGAGUUAGGAGUCUAACUAGCUCUGAGUUGGGUUUCUUUGCUGAAGGGAGAUUUUGGCUUUGGGGAUGGGGCUGCAGGUAGUCCGGAAGGGAGCUGGGUUGGGAGCGUGUUGCUAUCUGGGUUAGGCUGAACCUGGGUGAGGCUUGGAUCAAAGAACUUUGGGCCUUCUCAGACUAACAUCCUUCUUUCUCUUUGGCCAGCGAGGGCUCUGGUGAUCUCUUGAUAUGUGUCCCCACUACCUGUAUCUCAUGGUUUCUUCCCCAGCCUCCCAGCCCUCUCCUACUUUUUGGUUUUCUUUUCUUGUGGGCUUGGAGGACUUUACACUGGAGAUUUUACCUGAUUCUAAUGGGCAGGAGUGGAGGCAUGAAAAAGGAGAUGAAGGUCCAUGGCUGGCUUAGUUGGUAGAUCAUGCGAUUUUCAGUAUCAGGCUUGUGAGUUCAUGCUCCUCCUUGGGGAUAGAGAUCACUUAAUAAAAUUAGGGGCACCUGGGUGGCUCGAUUGGUUAGGUGUCCAACUUUGGCUUGGGUCAUGAUCUCACGGUUCAUGGGUUUGAGCCCCGUGUUGGGCUGUGCACUGACAGUGUGGAGUCUGUUUGUGAUUCUCUCUCUCCCUCUCUAUCUCUGCCCCUCACCCCCCAUCAGAAAAAAAUUUUUAAAAGAGGGGAGGAGAUGGAAGAACAAUAGAUACAUAAGAGUUUUAUUUUAACCCAAGUUUCUUGGAUAUUAAUUUUUAAUUAAAACGUUUGAGACCUUAAGUGUUGACACUGUGAGCCUAAGAAAAUAUUUAGGAAAGCAGUCCCUUUCCCUUCCCUCCCAAUUCAAUGUUAGGUCCUUUAAACUCUGGUCUUCAUCUCUCUUCCCCUCCUCCUCAGUCCUAUGAAGAAUUGUUUGUUAUUGUAUCCUCUGCCUGCUCUUCUCGGUGGCUCAUUUCCCCCAUUUGACAGGUGAGAGCACUGAUGAGGUGAGGUUGAAGCUGCCUGUUGUCAGGCUGCUGAUCAAUAUCUGUUUCUGGGAUGGACCACCUUCCCCAUUUUUUUUCCUGCCAUUCGCAGCCUGAGUCGGUGGACUUGAGCCAGUGUCCUGGAGAGCUCUGACACCAACUUCACUGUUUCCUUCUGUCAGCAGACUCUUAGCUGCGUUUCUUCCUCCUCUGGGAAGCCAUUAAGAUCAUCGGUUUUGGAACUAGACCAACUUGGAUUUGACUUCUGGCUCUAUGGCCAAGGAAAGUGUUGUGGUUGAAUUGUGUCCCUCCAAAAAGAUGUGUGGGGAGUGCUAACCCCUAGUACCUCAGAGAGUGUCCUUAUUUGGAAAUAGGGUCAUUGCAGAUGUAAUUAGUGAAGAUGAGGUCAUACUGGAGUAGGGUGGGCCCUAAUCCAAUAUGGUGUCCUUAUAAGUAGCUGACCUUGUGGAGACAGCACAGAGAUGCACUUCCCAGACUCUAUAUGAAGAUGGAGGCAGAGCUUGGAGAUGAGAGGCCUCUAUAGGCCAAGGAACACCAAGGCUUGGCCAUUACCAGAAGCUAGGGGAAGACCAUGGAAAAGAUUCUUCCUCACAGCCUCAGAAGGAACCGACCUUGCCAACACCUUGAUUUCAGAUUUCUAGCUUCCAGAACUGUGCGGGGAUAAACUUCUGUUAAUUCUUAAGCCACCCAGUUUGUGGUGCUUUGAUACGGCAGCCCUAGGAAACGAACGUGCGGGAAGUUAACCUGAGUGAGGAGUUGGAUCAGGUGGUUGAGAACUCAGAGCGGGCGGACGAGCAAGAAAAGGAGGCAGACGGAGUACAAGGUCCAGGAAUCUUACCAGCCCUGGACAGCGAGUCUGCCUCUAGCAGCAUCCGCUUCAGCAAGGCCUGCCUGAAGAACGUCUUCUCGGUCCUGCUCAUUUUCAUCUACCUGCUGCUCAUGGCAGUGGCUGUCUUCCUGGUCUACCAGACCAUCACAGACUUCCGCGAGAAACUCAAGCACCCUGUCAUGUCGGUGUCUUACAAGGAGGUGGAUCGCUAUGACGCCCCAGGUAUUGCUCUGUACCCCGGUCAGGCCCAGUUGCUCAGCUGUAAGCACCACUACGAGGUCAUCCCACCCCUGAGGAGCCCUGGCCAGCCUGGGGACAUGAACUGCACCACCCAGAGGAUCAACUACACAGACCCUUUCUCCAACCAGACCCUGAAAUCCGCCCUGAUCGUGCAGGGGCCCCGGGAAGUGAAGAAGCGGGAGCUGGUCUUCCUCCAGUUCCGCCUGAAUGAGAGUAGCGAGGACUUCAGUGCCAUCGAUUACCUCCUCUUCUCGUCUUUCCAGGAGUUCCUGCAAAGCCCAGACAGGGUGGGCUUCAUGCAGGCCUGUGAGAGCGCCUAUUCCAGCUGGAAGUUCUCUGGCGGCUUCCGCACCUGGGUCAAGAUGUCCCUGGUGAAGACCAAGGAGGAGGAUGGGCGGGAAGCAGUGGAGUUCCGGCAGGAGACGAGUGUGGUUAACUACAUUGACCAGAGGCCGGCCGCUGAAAAAAGCGCUCAGUUGUUUUUUGUGGUCUUUGAAUGGAAAGAUCCUUUCAUCCAGAAAGUCCAAGAUAUAAUCACCGCCAAUCCUUGGAACACAAUCGCCCUGCUCUGUGGGGCCUUCUUGGCGUUAUUUAAAGCAGCGGAGUUUGCCAAGCUGAGUGUGAAAUGGAUGAUCAAGAUCAGAAAGAGGUACCUUAAAAAAAGAGGUCAGGCAGCGAACCACAUAAGCUGAAGUGGCCUUGUGUUCGCAGAACUGCUCACAGCAACGGAAGUUCUGGUCACUUCCGCGCGGAGAAACGAGCCGCCGGCAAUCCUGUGCUCACUUGAAACGGGCCUUGCUGGGAGGAACAGCCUGCCAGCCUGCAGCUUCUAACCUGGCCCCAAAAGAGGAUGUUUAAAGCCUGAUGGAACAGAUCCAGUGGGUAACCUAAAACUUAUUUAAGUAUUUAAAUUAUUAAUGAACAGAUGACGAGGGAUUGUGGAAGAUGGAAUUAGAUCUGUAUCAACUUUUCUGAA